CUAAACUUCAGCCACGCGUCCUUUGCAUUUGAAAUGAACCAAGGCCUGUAAACCGUUGUAACCGUCGAAGUCGAAUCACCCUUAAAUGAUAAAAAUUGCUCUAAGUCCACAAUUCUUGACUACUUCGAUUCAUUGGCUUCCAUCGACAGAUUCUUUCAGUCUCGAGCUAUGAAGCUUUUCCAUUAGGAUUCUCUUGUUCUUGAAGACAUUAAAGACUAAGGCUACCUAAAGCCAUCUCAACAGGUUUUUUUAUAGCAAUAAAUGUCUUUGGAACUGGAGAUUAUAACAUAUUUUACCUUGAGCUAAAAUAUGGGAUAACAAAUUGCCCCCAAAAAUGCCUAUUUCGAUUUGAAUGACUCGAAUGAAAUAAGAGAUUGGCAUUUUUUCAAAGUACCUCUUUCCAAAUGCCAUUCCUUUUCUUUCGAUUUGAUGAUGUCAUGGUAUUUAAGAAGAUAACCGUUUCACUUCUUUCAAAACUGUCACGUUCUGCAUCCUUUUGAGUAGUGGGACACGCGUCAGCCUGAGAAGUUGAAUCGGAAUAGACAAAAAGCGCUUUUUCAGCAUUUAUCUUUUUAAUUAAAUUUUGUCUUAAUCCAAGAUUGCCUAUAAAUAGAGCUCUGUCACUUCAGUUGAAACCUUUCCAACUUCUUUCAAAGCUUUUCACGCUCCAAAAUCUCUCAAAAUCUUUCUCCAAAUCUUGAAACAUCAAAGAUUCAAAACAAAUUUGAACUUACCGGAUCUUUGAUCACCUUCUUCAGUUCGCAUCUUUCAAGAUCUCAGAUCUACAUCUUUUCCUUCGUUUUCCCAAGAACUUUCAUGGCGUCUUCAUCUAAUAAGUUUCAAGUUCCUUUUGCUGGAAAAUGGAGCGGUUUCUCCGUUGCUGAUGAUGGAACGAAGUAUGUUCCAGAACCCAAAGGCAGCAAAGAACACCGAGAAAUCUGGGAGAGUCAGGUAAUGAUUCCCUUUGCUAUUGAUAACAAUGUUUAUGCUUUUGGUGGUCCGAUUCCAGAUGAUAUGAAUUUGACUAGGGAAGUAGACGAGAUAUUUCCAUGUCUCGAAACCUGCGAGCCUAGAAUCUUUGAUAGCAAACCCUAUAACUUUGAAUAUAUGCUGACAAAUUAUAAACCCUUUCGAUCCCAUCCUUAUUACGGAAAUAGCCUUUACCUUACUUGGCUUGAUCGAAUAGAGCAAUCCUUUGGUAAAUUCUGGAAAGAUUACGGAAUCUUUGAGUUAAUACAGUUUUCUAGGAUAGGACCCAAAUACCAACCUGAAAUGCUCAUUGCUGCGAUGCAUUUCUUUGAAAAAUCUACCAACACCUUUCAUUUUAAAAGUGGUAUGAUGACACCUACCUUGUUCGAUGUGUCAGCUAUCACAGGGUUAAGACCCACUGGCAAAACUUACAGCCCUGAUGAUGUUAGUGAUAACAUCACUUUAAACUACAAAGAAAACGCCUUUUCUGCCUUUAUCCUCAAACAUUCAGGACCUGAGAAUGAAGAAGUCUCAGAUGAAGAACAUGUGGCCUUUCUCACUCUAUGGCUAUCCCAUUAUGUAUUUUGUUCUCGAUCUCUCCAAAUUGCUAGGAAAUUUAUACCUAUGGCUGUACAAAUACAUGAAGGAUGCCAUUUUGCCUUAGGACGCCUUCUGCUGGCAACCCUGUAUGAGUCGAUUGGGGAAGUUUGUGAUAACCUGAAAGGUUUAGUUCCUGCCAAGUCGAAAUCGAAGAAAGCUGCGCCAGAUGGAUGUUUUCAAGCUGCUGGGCCAAUGUGGCUAUUACAGUUGUGGUUAAAUGCCACCUUUGAAAAAGAACUUGGUUUGUUCAUUCCCACUGAACAUCACGCUUCGAUAGCUAAAAGGAAAAUCGAAGGUACUCGCUUAAUAAGGCUUCAACCUAAUCCCCUUGAACAGAACUCUCAACAGCUAUUCAUGAAGUACAUGAAAAUUUUCUUAGCCAUCGACCACUUCAAGCCUGAACACGCUCCAUUUGUGAAGAGAACCAUUGGCCCCUCCUGGUUCGUCAAAGAGAUACCAGUGUUGAAUCCUAAUGCUGAGGAGGAAAUAAAUGAAACCUGGACAGCAUAUUUAGAUCCUACCAUCCUGUCAAUUCGAAUUGGUACCCUAUCUUCUGAAUAUGCAUUAAUUGGGUAUCAACCGAACUUGGUUUCUAGACAGUUUGGCUUUUCACAGCUUCGACCAAAGAGCAUGUAUAUAAGGAAGAAAAACAUCGUGCUCGGGACAACUGUGACUUCCACUUUGUAUGAAAGGUACAUGAAGAUUAGUCGUGAUAACGUUUAUGGCUUCGAGCCAUUUGACUUCAACCUUUCUUACUACUGUACACAAGAGUUUGCCAACUGGUGGAGGCGAUAUUUCGACAGCAAACACCUAGGAGAUGCAGUGCUUAUCUCGAGGUUGGAGAGUGGGUUUACUCGACCUCAGAUAAAGAGAAUCGAACAGCAAGUCAAGACUACAGUUACCAAAAAACAAGCUGCAGAAUCUGCUAAGACAGUUAAAGAAAAAACAACAUCGAAGGCAGUUGAGUCUGAAGAGCCUUCUAAGGCACGUAAAAGACCAACCAACGUCCCUUCCACUGAGACUGGCCCAUCGAAGAAGCCAAAACCUAACACAAUAGUCGUCAGUGACGAAGAAGAGGAAGAAGAAGAACAAAGUUUCCAGAGAAAGAGGGGCCAGCCUUCUGUGAUUAUUGAAACAAAUAUCCCAGAAACUACCUCUGAUAAUCUUUCUACUGAAGAGAAAGAAAAGAAGAUGAAAGAAAAGAGAGAGAAGCAGGAAAGGAAAGCGAAGAGGAAAGAGGAAAAGAAGAAAGAAGGAAAGAAAAGUUCAGAGGAUCGAACCCGGGAUAAAAAACAUAAAAAAUCAAAGUCCUCAAGUGAUCCUUCUGCAACCAACCUUAAAUCUCCUUCGAUCUCGAAUGAACAACAAGAGCCUAUCCCUGACGCUGAAGUUCAAGAAGAUGCUGCUAUGCCUGAUGCUACACUCAAAGAAUCGGACAACAUGCCCCAGCAAGACAACAAUCCAGAGGUACUUGACAUCCUAUCGAACAAGUCUAGUGGUGAUACUCUCAAAGAUAGUGAGACCACUAUUUCUGAAAAAGUCAUACCAGAGCCUAGUCAAGAUCAAUCAGAGCCUCCUAUGUCUGCAGAGAUUGAUAACAAGACUUCUCCUUUCAAGGAAUGGAACGAAAAUCCAACAGUCGAGGUCGAUGCUGAUGAAUCUUCCUCAGAGGAAGAAGACUUUGAUUCUGAAGCCAUAAAAGAAGCAGAGGCUGGUGGAUCAGAAUUGCUACCUGAAACUUCGACAUCGAAGCUGUCAGCCAGCCUAGGGCUCGCUGAAGAAGAAUUCAUUUCCUUGCAAAUUCAUGAUCCUGAAGCUGCUCUAAAACUUCUGAUUUCUAAAACAACUACUGAUCCCGUAAGUUCGAGUGGACCUAGUAAUUCAACUGCUUCAGACUCAGAAAUCAAUUCUUCUGUUCGACAAGACUCUCUGAUUUCAAAGCUAUAUACGGAUUUCAUCAAUGGAGACAUCUUGGCAUCAGUUGAGGAACACCCUGCUAAUGCUUUCAAGCACAAGUCCUUUUUGAACAAGUUGCACAAUCCUCAAACUGACCUCGAAACCUUGAGAAAAGUUAUCCAGCUCGAAUCGAUCUUGGACCAGUUUGCUACCACAGUGCAAAACCUGAAACGCAACUCUCAGAAACUUGUUGGUCAACAGGCUGCUUAUGAUGCAUUAUUUGAGAAGGCCAUGGCUGCCCAAUCAAAAGUUGACCAAAUGAAAGCACAAGUUCAGCAACCAGGUCUUGGGAUUCAAGAAUGUACCAACAAUAUUUCCAAGUGGGAGGCAGAAAUAGAUUCUUUUCGAGCUGAGAUUGCUGAUCGAGAGAAAAAGAUUCUUGAAGAGAAAGCAAAGCGUGUAAAGAUUGAAGAAGCUGUUGCUGCCACCACUCAAGAAUCUAUUCGCGAAGCUGCGAAGGAAGGUAUUUCCCACUUCAGUGCUGCCACUGUGAUCAAAGAAGAGAUCAAAUCUCUCGAAGACGCAAUCAAGAUCCAGACUGUCGAAGUUGGCCUUAUUAAGGACCAUUAUGCUGAUUUCAAAUCUAAGUGUUUGUCUUAGAUUUUCUUUUGAUGUUUUGUUUUUAUUUCUCGAACAAUUAUCUGGUUUUGUUUUAUUUGGUUUGUAACCUUGACAAUUGCCUUUUAUGGCACUUUUACUUCGUUUAUGCCAUUUCAAUUUCGUUUCGAAUAUUUAUUCUGUGCUAAUAUUAACUUCUAAAAGUGUUGGUUUAUAUUUUUUCAAAUACUUACCAUUUAUAUUCAAGGUUCGCUUUUCUGAAGUCAAUUCUUCUAUUUCAUAUGCACCAUUCGAAAAUACUUGUAUUAUUUUAAAAGGUCCUUCCCAAUUUGGAGACCAUUUGCCUAAAACUCUAUCUUUUUUGUCCAUAGGCAAAAUAACUUUCCAAACUAAAUUCCCCACGUCAAAGGUUUUUGAUUUAACCUUCUUAUUAUAGGCCUUUGCUACUCUUUCUUUUUGUCUGCUUAAAGUAUCAAGCGCUCUUAGCCUUUCUUCGUCUAAAUCAACCAAUUCAUCGAACAUCAUACUCCAAUAAUGAUCAGUUGGUAUCUCCAUUUGUCUUUGGAUUCUGAUAGA